AUGUCUCCUCUGGACCAGAUCAACAGCGACCCUGACCUGCUGCCCAACAUCACCCUGGGGGCCCGCAUCCUUGACACCUGCUCCAGAGACACCUACGCUUUGGAGCAGUCGCUCACCUUCGUCCAGGCGCUGAUCCAGAAAGACACGUCUGACAUCCGCUGCUCCAACGGAGAGCCGCCCAUCAUCCGUAAACCAGAGAGGGUGGUGGGAGUGAUCGGAGCGUCGGCCAGCUCCGUGUCCAUCAUGGUGGCCAACAUCCUGCGACUGUUUGAGAUCCCUCAGGUGAGCUAUGCAUCGACGGCUCCGGAGCUCAGCGAUAAUAACCGGUACGACUUCUUCUCUCGGGUGGUUCCUCCGGACUCGUACCAGGCUCAGGCUAUGCUGGACAUCGUCAAAGCUCUGGGCUGGAACUACGUCUCCACGCUGGCCUCUGAGGGAAACUACGGAGAGAGCGGAGUCGACGCCUUCAUGCAGAUCUCCAGAGAGGCUGGUGGGGUGUGUAUUGCUCAGUCGGUAAAGAUUCCUCGUGAGCCAACAGCCGGAGAAUUUGACAAGAUCAUCAAACGUCUGAUGGAGACGAGCAACGCCAGAGGAGUGAUCAUCUUCGCCAACGAGGAUGACAUCAAGCGUGUCCUCGAGGCGGCAAAGCGUGCUAAUAUGACCGGUCACUUCUUGUUUGUGGGGUCGGACAGCUGGGGAGCAAAGAGCUCACCAAUCGCAGAGCUGGAGGACGUCGCCGAGGGCGCCGUGACCAUUCUGCCCAAACGGGCUUCAAUAGACGGCUUCGAUCAGUACUUCAUGUCUCGUUCCCUGGAGAACAACCGCAGGAACAUCUGGUUCAAUGAGUUCUGGGAGGACGACUUCAGGUGUAAACUGACCCGACCUGGGAUCAAACUGGACCCUGACAAGAAGAAAUGUGAGGAGAGGAUUGGCCGGGACUCGUCCUACGAGCAGGAGGGGAAGGUUCAGUUUGUGAUCGAUGCAGUUUACGCCGUCGCUUAUGCUCUACACAGCAUGCACCUGGAUCUGUGUCCCAGCAGCCCUGGAGUCUGCAGCAACAUGGACCCUGUGGAGGGACGCCUGUUUCUCGACUACAUCAGAGCUGUCAACUUCAACGGAAGUGCAGGUACGACUGUCUUGUUCAAUGAGAAUGGAGACGCUCCCGGUCGUUAUGACAUCUUCCAAUUCCAGAUGACCAAUCACAGCCAUCCUGGUUACCAUGUGAUUGGCCAGUGGACCAAUAACCUGAAACUCAACCUGGAGGAGAUGCAGUGGUCUGGAGGAGAUAAAUCAGUCCCAGACUCCAUCUGUAGUUUCCCCUGUAAACCAGGAGAGAGGAAGAAAAUGGUGAAAGGAGUUCCCUGCUGCUGGCACUGUGAGCUCUGUGAUGGUUAUCAGUACCAGCUGGAUGAAUUCAACUGUGAGACCUGUCCGUCAGACAUGCGCCCCACCCCCAACAGAACUGCCUGUCGCCCAACUCCGAUCAUCAAAUUGGAGUGGAACUCCCCCUUUGCCCUAGUGCCCGCCUCCCUCGCCAUGCUUGGUAUCAUAGCAACCAGUGUCGUGGUGAUCACCUUCAUCCGCUUCAAUGACACACCCAUCGUCAGGGCAGCAGGGAGGGAGCUCAGCUAUGUCCUACUGACAGGUAUCUUCCUGAUCUACCUGAUAACCUUCCUAAUGAUCGCAGAGCCAGGUGUGGUGGCUUGUGCGUUCCGGCGCCUCCUGCUGGGCCUCGGCAUGGCCAUCACCUACUCCGCCAUGUUGACCAAAACCAACCGCAUCUACCGCAUCUUCGAACAGGGCAAGAGGUCGGUGACCCCGCCCAAAUUCAUCAGCCCCGCCUCCCAGCUCAUCAUCACCUUCAUCCUCAUCUCCGUCCAGGUCCUUGGAGUGUUUGUGUGGUUCGCCGUUGUCCCUCCUCACACCAUCAUCGACUAUGAGGAGCUCCGCCCCCCGAACCCUGACCUGGCCCGAGGCAUCCUAAAAUGUGACAUGUCUGACCUGUCAAUCAUCUGCUGCCUCAGCUACAGCAUCGUACUCAUGGUAACGUGUACGGUGUACGCAGUGAAGAGUCGUGGUGUUCCAGAGACUUUUAACGAAGCAAAGCCGAUUGGUUUCACCAUGUACACCACCUGCAUCAUCUGGCUCGCCUUCGUACCAAUUUUCUUUGGUACUGCCCAGUCCACAGAGAAGAUGUUUAUCCAGACCGCCACUCUGACCGUCUCCAUGUCUCUUAGCGCCUUCGUCUCUCUCGGGAUGCUCUACAUGCCCAAGGUUUACGUCAUCCUGUUUCACCCUGAGCAGAAUGUCCAGAAGAGGAAGAGGAGCUUCAAGGCUGUUGUCCAAGCUGCCAAACUGUCUCAGAAAUCUCCAAGCGAGAAGCAGAACGGAGAGACGAAGAUUGAACCCGACAGGUCGCAGUGA